AGGAGCCGGCGCGCAGGAGGCAGAGCAGCUGCGUUCCAGCUCCGGCCAGCGGGGACCGCGGGGCGCGGGAUGGAAGCGGCGCUCCCGGGCGACACCCAGGGCGACUCCCACGGCAUGCUUCCCCUGGAGAGGCAGCUGCAUGAGGCGGCACGGCGGGGCCAGGUUGGGAGGAUGAAGGAGCUGAUCGCCAGGAGGGUUAACGUCAGGGCCAGAAAUCACGUGGGCAGAGUGGCCCUGCACUGGGCCGUGGGCGCAGGGCACGAGCAGGCCGUGCAGCUGCUACUGGAGCACGGGGCUGCUGUGGAUGAUGCAGAUGUGUUCGGGAUGAACGCGCUUCUCCUGUCCGCCUGGUUCGGCCACUUGCGGAUCCUCCAGCUCCUGGUCAGCUCCGGGGCCAAGGUCCAUUGUGAGAACGCGGACGGCUUGGCCUUACUGCACUGCGCAGCCCUGAGAGGCCACGUGCCGGUGCUGGCGUUCACGAUGGAGGACCUGGAGGACGUGGCCCUGGACCACAGGGACAAGCUGGGCAGGACGGCGUUUCACAGGGCUGCGGAACGCGGGCAGCUGGAGGCUCUGGACUUCCUCGUGGGCUCGGGCUGCGACCACAGUGUCAAAGACAAGGAGGGGAACACGGCGCUUCACCUGGCUGCUGGCCAGGGCCACGCGGCUGUGCUGCAGCGACUCCUUGACAUUGGGCUGGAGCCGGAGGAGCCGAAUGCCGAAGGCCUCACGGCCCUCCACGUGGCUGCCGAAGGAAUCCACGCAGACUGCAUGCAGCGCCUGCUCCGGGCUGGGAGCCCUGUGAACGCCCUCACGCAGAAAAAGCUGAGCUGCCUCCACUACGCGGCCCUGGGCGGCUCCGAGGACGUGUGCCGGGCCCUCCUCCGCGCAGGAGCCUGCCCCAACGUGGCUGACGACCGGGGCGCCUCUCCCCUCCACCUCGCCGUGAGGCACAACUUCCCUGCCCUGGUCCAGCUCCUCAUCGACGCCCACAGUGAUCUGGACGCCAUCGACAAUAGGCUGCAGACGCCCCUCCAUCUGGCCGCGGAGCACGCCCGGCAGGAUGUGGCAGAGAUGCUCCUGGUCGCAGGGGUUGACCUCACCCUGCGAGAUAAGCAAGGGAACACCGCCCUGGCAGUGGCCGCCCGCAGCAACCACAUCACCCUGGUGGACAUGAUCAUAAAGGCUGACCGCCUCUACAGACGGGGGAAGGUAUUUUUUGGUGUGUUUGAUGCAGUGAUCGAACCCGGGGCCUUGAACAUGCCAGGGAAGUAUUCUACCACUGAGCUGCAUAUACUCCCAGCCCACAGCUAGUAAAAUUUAACAGUUGUAUUCAGAGAAGCCUUUUGAUGACUGUUUCGUCCCUUGUUUAAUCUAGUUAAACUACCUUAGACAUUUUAUACUGAACAAAUAACUUUAUAUAAUAGAGGUAAGUACUUUGAGUGGUUGCUGAAUUCUUAAAUUGUUCUGCUAAAUCUGUUAAAUUAACCCUAUAAAUAAUCUCAAAUAUCAUAAAAGUCCUCAUAUACUAGUUCUCACAUGCAGUCAGUUUCUUUACUUUAGUUUUCAUUGAUUGGUGAUGUCACCAUUUUGAUCAAUCAAAAUGGAUUGAUCUCUGUUCCACUGGGAAUCACAAGAUACUCUUUUUCACUGAUGGGCUAGGCUCUUAAACUUUACCAUCCCCUGUUCUACACCCAAUGACCUCUACAUGGAAUCCCCUAAUGGAAAUACUGCAGGUUGGACUAAGCAACCCAUCUCUGCUUAAUUCUAAGCCGCUUCGGGCUUCCCAGGUUCUCACCACGAGGCAGGGGCUGCAUGUUGGAGUCACAGAUCACCCCUCCCCACCCCAGACCAGUUCUGUCAGUCCUUUUUGGGCAGGGGCCAGGCCUCAGUGGUUCCUGAAGCCCCCAGAUGGCAUCCAUACACACAGGGUUGAGAACAUUGCUCUGAAGGGACUACUGUGGACACCCAGGUGAGACCCAAGCUCCCAGUGACUGUCCAGAACCCACUGAUCAAGAUGUCAGAUUUGGAGCUGUGGGCACCAGGGUGAUAUUUUUCACCUCUGGCCUUUUUAACAGCCAGAAUUCUGCUGCUGUUCUUUUUCAAAGGGCUUAGGAUCUUGUCGGCUUAAUUUACUGCUGUUACUUAACUUUUGUAACCUCUCGUGUUAUUGCCUGCGUUGCCUAGAAAGGACUCUGUAGCCCACCCUUGUUGGGAUUCAUUGGCCUGAUGGUUGGCCUGUCUGGUUUGGCUUCAGCUUUGCAGUCAUUCUAUUGACAACCACACUAUAAAAAUGUAGACAGGGAAGCCAGGUGCGGUGGCGCAUGCUUGUAAUCCCAGCACUUGGGAGGCUGAGGCAGGAGGAUUGCCACAAGUUUGCAGC